UAAUUUUGUAACGAGUACUAAUGAAAUCUCUAGAAUGUAGCACGCAGACGGCAGAUCAGCUCCCAAAUGAGGGCGAGAGCUCAAAUAUACGUACUCCCAAAUACUUCUUUAAGUCCUAAACCACCACCGUCUCUAGUUAUUAUAGUCAUCUAAGCUCAAAAUCUUGGGCUUCAACUCCGUCUCUCUUCAACAGUUCAACCUUAGUAAGUAUCUUUCAGAAGAAAACUAAAUUUUGUUUUUCAAAAAAAAAAAGUAAAUGUGAAAGUUGCUGCUUUUGCGAUUGCAAAAUCUGGAUGUCCAAUGUUUAAUUUGGAAUCCUUUCAUUAAAGAAUCUCCCAUGUCGCACAAGGCUCUAGAACCACGCCACUCAAUAGACUCGUGCACGUUCCAGCUCCAUUCAUGGAGACCUUUCCAGCUCCAACAAACCCUAGACUCCUCCGAUCCCCAACAAACCCCGCCUAAACGCGCCUCCACCAAUUGCUUCCAUUCCAAACGCCCUUGCCUCUCUGAUCGCACCACUUCUUUCUCCAUCGACCUCUCCAAGCUAACCCUCCUCGACGACGACAACAACAGCAGUUACAACCCAAUCGCCGCCAAUCCCAAGAGGGGUAGCUUCAGGUUGUUCGCAAGAAAACGCCGCCGCCGCGGGUCGAGGUCGGUGUCGGGUCGGAGCUCCGACCGGAGCGGGACUCGAAGGUGCUGUUCUGUGGGGGCGUCCGCGGCGUAUGGGACGUGCUCCGAUUUUCCGGUGGCGGUAGGGACGGACUCGAGUGGGGAGCUGUUUGGAAAUGGUGCUGAUGCUUAUUGGGCCUCGGAUGUGAGCGAGGCCCGAAAUUCGAGGAGGGAAAGAGGGGAUGGUGGGAGUGGAGAGAAGGAGAGCUUAGGGGGGCAAUUUGGGGGUUUUGAUGCUCAAGGGAAUGAAUCUGGGUAUGGGAGUGAGCCUGGGUAUCGUGGGGAUGGAGAGUUUGGGUACGGGGACGAGGUUGAUGAGGAAGAAGAGGAUGCUCGCUUGUUGUUUUGGGGGCAUCACUUUGGAGCAGAUACAGAUUCUAAAAUGGAGAUGGUUGGGGAAAACACUUUUUCUGAUCAGAAAGCCCAUCAUAGAUGCCGCCGCAAAAAACAUGAUUAUAGAAUGGUUGAUUCCGUGAGGUAAAUGUCCAGUUAUAAAAUAUUGGCAUACUCCUUUAUUCCAGCUUGUCACUGUUUAUACAGUGGGCAAGGAUUUGUUGGCUUCUAGAUUGCCACUUGAGAGCUAUUACAAUAUGUCAAUUACUAUGCAGCCUUGUGCAGUUGAAAAUUUUUUGACAUUCUUCAGGGUCUCUGCGCAGAUGCUAUUAUGCAGUAUUCUAUAAAUUAAGCAUAAAAGAUUUUGGAUGUUGUGUAUUAACAUUGUAACAUGUUAUUGUAAGAAAGCAAUGUAAAAUGUGCUAUUGAGAUUCAUGUUUUGUUCCUUA